AUGAGUAAUGAUAUCAUGGAGUUUUUGGAGAGCCGCCCGCUAGUGGGAUUUCAAAUGGACGGAUCUCAUCUUCACAAUGUGCUGCGGAACAUUAUUCAGGAGAUGCAGCGGCAGGCCCAGAGCCAGGACCAACUACACCAACGCCUGGCGGACAUUGAGGAUGAUCUGCGUGAUGUUGGGAUGCGGCAGAAGGGGCUGGAGAGGGCGCUGGCCAGCGUGGACCCCGACGCCCUCCGCCGCCUGCAGCAGCAGCUGGACGAGUUGGACCGCGCCCUCGACCACGUCGCGCGGGAUGCGAAGGAGGCGCGGCUGCUCGGCGACGAGGCGGCGGCGGCGGCGGCGGCGGCGGGCCGCGGGGUGGAGGACGUCGGGCGGGAGUUGGCGGCCGCCCAGCAGCAGCAGGACCAACUCCAGCAGGACAUGGACGAUCUCGCCCGGGAGGUGGAGCGGAAGCAGAAGGACCUCGGCACCGCCGUGAAGGAGUUGGAGCAGGAGCAGGCACAGCUGGCGGAGCAGACACAGGAACUCAUGCGGGAUGUGGAUCGCAAUGAUGGGGAAAAGUGGAAGAAGUUACGGGAUAUGUUGGAUGAGUUGUGUGAAAGGACAGAUAGGAAUUUCAGAAGUGUGGAGGAAAGUGCACGUGCUGUGGAUGCAGAACUCGCCCAUCAUCGUUCAGACAUAGAUACCGUUCAAGGCGAUGUUGGAUCCCUCGAUGAUAAGAUGCGUCAAGGACUCUCAGGUAUUGCAAAGGAUGUGGAUGCGAAGUAUCAGAUGAUUCUUGAUUUGCUGCGUAAUCAUGAGAAGAGUUCAUUGGAGAUUGAACAACAUCUGGUUGCGGCGGGAGAAGCCCUCGCACGACGGCAGAAUAAUAAAUCGCAACGUAUCUCCUCUGGUAAUCGUGGAUAUGAUCAAAAUGGUUCUCGACAUAAUGACUGGUAA